CACUCGCUCAGUGCAGACAUUCUCUCCUACCCUUCCUUCACCUAGACAGAGACAAACUUCGUACCUUGCUUUUGUACGUGCUAGAAGAAUCAUGGCCGACGCACUGUGCGAUCAGCUGUUCGCUGACGUCGACGGCGAGCUCCCCCACCACUCUGACGCCGACGACCUCUUCGGCAUCCUGGAGGCGUGGGAGGACUGUGUGACAGGCGCCGGUGCCGCCUUGAGCCCUUGCGGUGUCGAUCAGCCGCUGGCUGCUGACGCCGCGGUGGCAAAUGGUAAGCGGCAGCGGGACUGCGAGGACGGUACGGUUCAGGCACCCAAGAGGCAGAGGUCCGCGCCGGUGUCGUCAGAAGCUGCGGAGACGGGCGAGGAGGGUAUGGCGAAGAUGACGUCGCACAUCACGGUGGAGCGCAACCGGAGGAAGCAGAUGAACGAGAACCUUGCCGUGUUGCGGUCCCUCAUGCCCUGUUUCUACGUCAAGCGAGGGGACCAAGCGUCCAUCAUAGGAGGGGUGGUGGACUACAUCAAGGAGAUGCAGCAAGUUCUGCAGUCGCUGGAGGCCAAGAAGCAUCGCAAGGCCUACACCGACCAGGUAAUCCUCAGCCCGCGGCCGCCGGCGUGCUGCAGCCCGCGGCCACCGCUGCCGCUCAAGUCCACGCCGCCGAUGAGCCCGCGGCUCGCCGUCCCGAUCAGCCCGAGGACGCCGCCGGCGCCCGGCAGCCCGUACAAGCCAUGCAGGAAGCCACUGCCGCCUCUCCCUCUGCCCCUGUCACCGCCUGGCUCAGCCUACGUUUCCCCAUCGAUGACGCCCACGCACGAGUCCGCAGCCUCCUCGUACCUUCCGUCGCUGGACGCCAUCGCCACCGAGCUCUGCGCCUACGCUGCCAACAAGCAGCAGGCGGUGCCCGCAGCGGCUGGCGGGGUCCCCGACGUGAAGGUGGAGUUCUCCGGGGCGAACCUGGUGGUGAAGACGGUGUCGCACCGCGCGCCAGGGCAGGCGGUGAAGGUCAUCGCCGCACUCGAGGGCCGGUCGCUGGAGAUCCUCCACGCCAAGAUCAGCACCGUCGACGACACGGCGGUGAACUCCUUCACCAUCAAGAUUGGAAUCGAGUGCGAGCUCAGCGCUGAAGAGCUGGUGCAGGAGAUUCAGCAAAAUAUUCUAAAUUCGUCGAAUUUCCACUGUUGACUGAGAAGCUGCAGCUGAUCAGGUGUGGCAGCUUAAGAUGUCUGUGAAUAGCUGGCCGAAAGGGGUCACAUAGUGACACCUAAAGAUCUAGGUCGCAAGCUAGCCAGCCAGACUAGACUGAUGGUCAUGUUACUACCAUAUUAGCUCUCUAUAGUUGCUGUCACCGACGGCUACGUGCAUCUCACGAUG